CCAGCAGCUCGUGUUGAAGUGUGUGGGCAGAGUCGUAUUACAUCACAGACAGACAUAAAACCCCAUUCAAGAUUACCGGAGUAGAAAUACGGCGCUUGCUGUCAGACUGGAGUUACAACCAAACUUCAGCUCACACAGACCUUUCGACACUUCACGUGGAAUUUGACACCCUUUAGAAUGGAAAUAUACCCCAAGGAAAUAAAAAAAACAAAAUCGAAGAUGACUUCAUUGCCUUGCAACAUUAAGGUUUUCGUCCUCUGCCAUGGCCUCCUGCAGCUGUCCCAGCUGCUCUACAGCUCCUACUUCAAAAGCAGCAUCACCACCAUCGAGCGCCGCUUCAGCCUCAACAGCUCCUCCUCGGGCAUCAUCUCCUCCCUGCACGAGGUGGGGAACACGGUGCUGAUCGUGUUUGUGAGCUACUUCGGGAGCCGGGUCCACCGGCCGCGCAUCAUUGGGAUUGGCGGCCUGCUCAUGUCAGUCAGCGCCAUGAUCCUCACCCUACCUCAUUUCCUGUCCAAGCCCUACGAAUACUCCUCUGUAUUAACUGAUGUCCGGGACAUUUGCGCUGCGCAGAGGAACACCUCGGCCCCUGACGUCUGCGCCCAGGGGGCUUCCCAGCGCGUCACGGAAACCAGCAACCUGUGGCUGCCGAUGGCCAUCGCCCAGCUGCUGUUCGGCGUGGGCUCCGUGCCCGUCCAGCCCUUCGGCAUCUCCUACGUGGACGAUUUCGCCAGGCCGGGGGACUCCCCCUUGUACAUCGCCAUUCUUUUCGCGCUGUCUGUGUUCGGGCCGAUCCUGGGGUACCUGCUGGGCUCCGUCAUGCUGAGGAUCUAUGUGGACGUGGGCAGAAACACAGAUAGCAUGCUGGAGCUGACCCCCACUGACCCACGCUGGGUGGGGGCCUGGUGGAUGGGCCUCUUGGUCUCCUCUGGGUUAUUGGCUCUCACCUCCAUCCCAUACUUCUUCUUUCCUCGGGCCAUGAAGGAGAAUGCCACUGAAGCUGAAGAUGACUUUUUGGAUGAAGGUCCAAAGACCCCAGAGAUCUCCUUUUUGGACAUCAAGAAGUUCCCCCGGCUCUUUCUGAGGCUCCUCUUCAGCCCGCUCUUCCUGCUGCUGGUUCUGACCCAGUGCUGUUUCUCCUCGGUGAUCGCCGCCCUGGCCACGUUCCUCAACAAGUUCCUGGAGCGACAGUACAGCGCGUCUGCUGCUUACGGCAGCCUGCUGAUGGGUUCGAUGAACCUGCCGAUGGUUGCCAUGGGGAUGCUGGUUGGCGGGGUGAUCAUGAAACGUGCCGGCCUGUCCUUGAAGGCCAUCCCCAGGUUUUCGUUGGCCAUGCUCCUGGUCUCCAUCCUGAUGUGCGUUCCGUUGUUCUUCAUGGGCUGUCCCACACAGCAGGUCGCCGGGGUUAACACGGGCUACAGAGACCAAGAGAAACCCAGGCCCACUGCAAUCUGCAACCUGAACUGCUCAUGCCCCAAGACUGCCUUCAACCCGGUGUGCGGCUCAGAUGGCAUGGAGUACAUCUCGCCCUGCCACGCUGGCUGCACCAACUUCUCCACGGACCCUCAGAACCCUCGCAGGAUCCAGGCCUACAGCAGCUGUAGCUGUAUCCUUGACGGCAACGCCCCAGGAAGUGCCCGCCCAGGCUCCUGCUCCAACAGCUGCCCCCACCUCCUCUUGCCCGUCAUGGUGCUCAUAUCCCUGGCCGCGUUCGUCGCCAGCCUGUCCCACAACCCCAUCUACAUGAUGGUGCUCAGGACUGUUCCCCAAGAUGAGAAGUCUUUUGCUAUCGGAGUUCAAUUCAUGCUCAUGAGAGUACUUGCUUGGUUACCUGCUCCUGCAAUGUUUGGGGCAAUCAUUGACUCCUCCUGUGUUUGGUGGAAGCGCACCUGCGGGAAUAAGCUGGGUUCCUGUGGUUACUAUGACAACGACCUUCUUCGAAACAGGUAUCUGGGCCUCCAGGUGGGUUUCAAAGCCGCAGGGAUCUUCUGCCUGUCCUUGGUGGGCUGGAAGGCGCAGCGCAUGAGGGAGUACAGCCUAACGAACAAGCUGGACGAGUGUCUGUGAAGAGAUGCCCGCCCGACUGCUGUGAAAAGGCUUGCCUCUCGAUUCCCCGUGCGCUCGCGGCUUGUUGGAGCGACGGCGUGCUCUUCAUCCAGACUCACGCGACGGGGGAAAUGAGGGCAGUAUGUCAGACAACAGCACCUUCCUGUGAAGCUUGCAGUGACUUGUAGUGCAGGACCCUACCUCACGCACUGCUGCUUAUGGAAAGUCCCAAGUUGGUCACCUGGGCAGACUAUAAUGUUGUUAUUUUUGCUGUCUUCAUUUAUUAUAGCCAGUUAUUUAGCCUUUUUCGAUCGCUGGUUUUCACUGCACACACUUUAUAGCGCGCAUCUCGAUGCAACAGAUAGGUUUCAUGCAAUGUGUCCACCUUCUGUGAAGCAAGACCUUGCAUUGACCGAGAUAAAAUAUGUGAAAAAUAUAUUUACAUAUGGACCUUAGAAAAGGAACAUCGAUGCUACACAUAUAAAUGUUCAGUUAUGUCAAUUAUAAACAGGGUUUAUAAGUCCAAAAAAGAGAUCAUAUAUAUUAAAUCAGAGUAAAAUAAACAGUUGAUUUAACACUGAGUAUUUUACUGUGCAGGAAGUUGAGGACACUGUUGGUAUGUGAAAAUGGCAAUGAAAGUGAACAGUUUUACUGUUACACAGAGUAAUAUAUAAAUAUGCUAAAGAUUAGCUUACAAGCAAAUCUCUGUUAUUGUUCGAGAAAAUCUGAAUUUACACUGUUAGUACACAAAACAUAUUACUGUAACCAACCUUAAAGCAAACAUUUUUCCAAGAAAAACUGUUUACUUUUUAUCAUUUGUAGAUUUUUUUUAGUAUGCUCUCCUGCUAAGGAAACGACAUACCGCUGAAUAUGGCAGUGAUUGGUCAGACAUUUCUGUGAGCCAGGCCUUAUGCCCAACAUGCAGCCAUGUUCCAAAAUCUACUGGAAAUCCUUCCCAGAAGAGUGGAAGCUGUUACAGCAGCGAAGGGGGGUCCAACUCCAUAUGAAUGCCCAUGGUUUGGGAAUGAGAUGUUAAACAAGUGCAUAUGGGUGUGACGUUCAGGUGUCCACAUACUUUUGUAAAUGUUUAUAUUAAAAAUACUAAGUAAUAUAAAUUUAGUCAACCAAUGACCCAAACAGAGAUUAGUUUCCAAUCAGAGCAACUUUUUUGGAACACUGUUACGGGACUUAUCGAAAUAGUUUGCUUCUGUGUAUUCCCAACAUUUAAAACAUACAUGUAUUACAAUACCACAACACUUCACUUUCAGGAUGGGUUUAUAGGCAUACUAUGCAGAUUAUUUUAGCCUUGCUGUGGUCCUAUGUUUACAAUCAAAGAAGUAUCCUCCUUCACCUUCAACCCCGCCCACUCGCCUUGAGUAUCUGACUUCGGCCAUCUAGAUAUCUAACUAAGCUAGCUGGAUAGCUUGGGGUAACUUACAGAUCCAACAGAAAACGUGCCAACUCCGAGUCGCUUUUCAUCCCCUUUGUGAACUUCAAUAGAAAAGCAAUUCCAAGGUUGACUCUGGAUUUUGAACAAGCCCUGUCAGCUUGUCAGUUUGCUUCACUGUGCUUGUAGCUAGCUACAUACGCUCUGCUGAAACCUGAUCCCACCCCUCGGCCUUUGUAGCCACGCCCUAUCCUCCCCACACAAAAAAGAGUGUCAUGCCCAGAAAUGUUCCGAACACAUUUGAGAAGAAGGAGCAAAGGAGCACAGAUUUGGAAAAUGUAUGAAAAGACAGAGACUGCCAGUAUGUUGUAAAUAUGACUGAACGUGGUGAUUUUAUAAUAUUUUCAAGGUUGUACGCCUUUAAUGGUAGCAGCUAAUUUUUAUCGUAAACUAACAUUUGUGGACCUUUUAACUUGUUAUGUACAGAAGGAUUCAUUAUGGUAUUAUUAGUAUUGAUAUCCUAUUACAGGACCCAGUACCAUUAAAGGAUCAAUAAUGGUUCCAUAUCAGGUGAACGUUUAGAUUCUUUGUCUAAAACCAAUGGACAAUUUUAUAUUAAGCUAUUAAGUUUAGCAUUAAAAAAAAAAAUUGUCUGUCAAACUCAAUAUGAUGUAAUGAGAGCUAUAAGCAAUUUUUAAUAUCUGAAAAUGUGUAUUCAGUAUAUAGUCAAUUAUGCAAUGGAUUUAUUCCCAAUUACUUGUUGCCUUUUUAUGAUUACAAUUUAAUCAUAAAAAGCUUAUGCAAUGUAUUACAAUAUCAGAAAGUAGAUCUGUGUGUCAUGUAUGUGAGAUUUUGUAAAUAUUAAACAUGUAUUUAAAUUA